AUGUCCGCCCCAGUCGAACAGGUCACCGCCCAGAUGGCCAACACCACCCUCGACAACAACGCUCCUGCCACCACUGAGAGCAACGGCGCCCAGCAGCCCACCGCAGCCGAGGACGAGGCUGUCCGUGCCAGCGCCGCCGAGGGAAGGCGACUUUACAUUGGAAACCUCGCGUAUGCGACCACCGAGGGGGAGUUGAAGGACUUCUUCAAGGACUACCUCGUCGAGUCCACCACCAUCCCCACCAACCCCCGCACCUCGCGCCCUGUUGGCUACGCCUUCGUUGCCCUGUCGACACCCUCGGAGGCUGAUCGUGCCAUCGCUGAGCUGAACGGCAGGGCCAUUCUUGAUCGCAAGGUCUCGAUCCAGCUUGCCCGCACCCCCGAGGCUCACGCUGAGGGCGCCGGCAGCGGUGCUGAGGGUACCAGUGGCACUGAGCAGCGCCGCCGUGCCUCCACCCGUGGUCGUGGUCGCGGACGUGGCCGUGGUGGCCGCGCUGGACGUGGUGGACGCGCUAACGCCGACGGUGCUGAGGCCGAGCAAAUCGAGCUCACCGAUGCUGCUCCCGCCGAGAGCACACCCACAAAUGUACCCGGCCAAGUUGCUCCCCUCACAGAGACCACGAACGAAGCGCUUACCAACAAGGACUCUGCCGCCAAGCAGCCCGCUGCUCCCCGCGAGCGCAAGCAGCGCGGUCCCCCUGAGGAUGGUGUCCCCUCCAAGACCAAGGUCAUGGUCGCCAACCUGCCUUACGACCUCAAGGAGGACAGACUCCUCGAGAUCUUCAAGGACUACUCCCCCACCCAGGCCAAGAUCGCCCUCCGCCCCAUCCCCCGCUUCAUGGUUAAAAAGCUCCAGGCUCGCGGUGAGCCUCGCAAGGGCCGUGGUUUCGGUUUCGUCACCCUCGGCUCUGAGGAGCUCCAGCAGAAGGCUUGCAACGAGAUGAACGGCAAGGAGAUCGAGGGCCGCGAGAUCGCCGUUAAGGUCGCGAUUGACUCCCCCGGCAAGGAGGACGACGCUCCUGAGGCCGCCACUGAGGGCGUCGCUGCCACCUCCACCGAGGCUGCCCCUGCCACCACCGAGUCCGCCGAGAAGCCCGCCGACACCCCUGCGGCUACCACGACUGCUGCUUAG